AUGAAGCUCCAAAGUGUCGUCGUGUUUGUUGCUCUCUGCGUUUUGGGCCUGACCGAAAUGGCCAGCGCCAUUUGUUUGCUGAGGAACGUUACGCGGCCCGUUCAAUACUGGUACCAGUGCUUCAGAUCGGACAAUAAUUACUUAUCCGAGUUAAAAAAGUCACCGAUCGACAUACCGAUCGUGACAUUCACGAACUCGAGGAUACCAAUCAUACGGAACGGAUCCUUCACUCGUUUUGGCAGAACUUUGGAGACCCUCGGAUUUCUGUUCAGCGGUGUCGAGGAGAUCGAGGAUCGUGCGUUUUGGGGCCUUCGCCAGUUAAACGUGCUCGCUCUCCCCGGAAAUAAAUUGAAAAUUAUGAAAAGUGUAUGGUUCGAGGGACUUCCAAAUUUGCGGAGAGUUUCGUUCGAAAAUAAUCAGAUAAAACACAUCGAAGAAAACGUAUUUGCGGUUCUCCCGCCGCUGGAAUGGCUUGACGUUUCCAGUAACAAGCUCAGCUGCAUCCCGACAGCUAAGGUUGCCAAUUUCAAAGCACGCGACUUCCAGUUUCGACACAACCGACUCACCUGGUCCUGCCAGGUCUUGGUGAUGGACUGGCUCAAGGAAACAGGCAUCAGGACGGACUACCUUGACUUUGGCAACCUGGACCCACCGUAUGACCUUGCGAAAAUUUGCGUGUCGAAGCUGCCGACCCCUAAGCUGGACGAAGCGUUUCUCAACAAAUGCGUCGGGGAGACCACCCGCAAAUAUUUACCCCCCAUGGCUGAUUACACUGUUAAAGAUAUGUGCGAAUACCUCAGAGACAAGCCCUCUCCGUUCUUGGAUUGUUCCAUAUAA